UCGCCGACUCCUCCCGCUUCCGGUGCCGCCGGUGGGGAGCCGCUCGCUGUCUGCCUCGCCUGGUCGCCGUCGCCGCCGCGAUGCCGCUGGAGAACCUGGAGGAGGAGGGGCUGCCCAAGAACCCCGACCUGCGCAUCGCGCAGCUGCGCUUCCUGCUGAGCCUGCCGGAGCACCGCGGGGACGCGGCGGUGCGCGCCGAGCUGAUGGCGGCCGUGCGCGACAACGACAUGGCGCCGUACUACGAGGCCUUGUGCAAGUCACUGGACUGGCAGGUGGACGUGGACCUGGUCGGCAAGAUGAAGAAGGCGAACGAAGAAGAGUUGAAGCGCUUGGACGAGGAGCUGGAGGAUGCGGAGAAGAACCUGGGGGAGAGCGAGAUCCGAGACGCCAUGAUGGCGAGGGCCGAGUACCUCUGCCGGAUAGGUGACAAGGAGGGAGCUCUGACGGCCUUUCGGAAGACUUACGACAAGACAGUGGCCCUGGGCCACAGGCUGGAUAUUGUGUUCUAUCUCCUUAGAAUUGGUCUGUUUUACAUGGACAGUGAUCUCAUCACCCGGAACACAGAAAAGGCCAAAAGCUUAAUAGAGGAAGGAGGAGACUGGGACAGGAGGAACCGCCUGAAAGUGUACCAGGGUCUCUACUGUGUGGCUAUCCGUGACUUCAAACAGGCAGCCGAGCUCUUUCUGGACACUGUUUCAACAUUUACAUCCUAUGAGCUUAUGGAUUACAAGACGUUUGUGACUUACACUGUCUAUGUCAGCAUGAUUGCCCUGGAAAGACCAGAUCUCAGGGAAAAGGUCAUUAAAGGAGCGGAGAUUCUGGAAGUGCUGCACAGCCUCCCGGCAGUCCGGCAGUAUCUGUUUUCACUCUACGAAUGUCGAUACUCGGUGUUCUUCCAGUCAUUAGCGGUUGUGGAACAGGAAAUGAAACAGGACUGGCUUUUCGCGCCUCAUUAUCGAUACUAUGUCAGAGAAAUGCGGAUCCACGCCUACAGCCAACUGCUGGAGUCCUACCGCUCUUUAACCCUGGGCUACAUGGCUGAGGCAUUCGGGGUGGGCGUGGAAUUCAUUGACCAGGAACUGUCCAGGUUUAUUGCUGCUGGAAGACUACACUGCAAAAUAGAUAAAGUGAAUGAAAUAGUAGAAACCAACAGACCUGAUAGCAAGAACUGGCAGUACCAAGAAACUAUCAAGAAAGGAGAUCUGCUGCUAAACAGAGUUCAGAAACUUUCCAGAGUGAUUAAUAUGUAAAACCAUUUAAACAAAGGAUUUCCUUUACAACUGUAUGAAAUAAAUACAUUGCUAUUUC